AUGCGCAUCAUCGUUGUGCCCAUCACCAAGACCGCCCGGGUCUACUCGGCCCACUUCCACCCCGCCUCCAAUCUCAAGGAGGCCACCCGGCUGCCCGUCUCUCGGCUGCCGCCUCGGGUCGUCGACCUCUCCCACCGGGCCGUCGACUUCACCAUCCGGCAGUGGGACGAGCUGGGCUCGGCUCGGGAGGGAACCUGGGCCCGGCGCUUCUACGACUUUGGCAACUCGGUCCUGGACCGGAUCCAUGCCGAGGAGUGGUUCCUGAAGGAGCUGCCGAUUCUGCCGACCCCUCCGACUCCUUCGUCACCGUCGUCGUUGCCGUCGUCGUCGCCAUCAUCGGCUGCAGCAGCGGCCCCGCAGGACACUCGCCCUGCAUCCCAUUCUCAUGCAGACCCAGCCCAGCAGCGCCUCUGGGAAGCAUUCCAUGAGCCUUUGACGGUCUUCCAUCCAGCCCGACUGUCGACGAGCCAGAUCCAACACGAGCUCGAGACCCUGGCAAACCGACGCACACCUUACCACCAGCGGCUCUUUAUCCUCUCGACGCUGCUCGUUCCGGUCUCAUGCCUCGCCACGAUCUUGCCUGGCCCGAACGUCUUUCUGGCCUAUAAUCUCUUCCGGGUCUACUCACACUGGCGGGCCUAUCAGGGCGCCCGGACCCUCCAACACUGGACUCGGAACGGGCUGAUCCGCCCCAAAGUCGACCCACGCCUGGACGAGGCCAUGGCCAGCUGGAACUGGGAUCGGGUCGAGGUCGUCGAGCCGCAGGUGAUCGAUCGGAUCGUUCGUGCGGAGCUCGGCGGCCUGACCCUGGACCGAGAGCUCGAGCGAGGCCGGCACCAGGUCCUGCGAGCAAUCGAAGCAGGGCCUCGAGGGCCGCAGUCCGAGCCGGGCGGUUCAGGCAAGUCGCCGCAACAGCAUGACCACGACGGUACCAAGCCGGAAUAA